GAAAAUUGUGGAACGUAGAUUUGUGGAAAGUUUACGCGCUGUCAAAACGUUUAUCUUGCAAAAAGGUGUUUUUUUUAAUGAAUUUAAUUAAAUAAUAGUGAUGGAAACAAUUUUAGAACAACAGCGACGGUAUCACGAAGAACGUGAACGUCUCGUGAAAGCGAUGGUGGAUGAGCUCCUAGCAGUGAAGCAAAAUUCUACCAAAGACGCUGUAUUUACUGAUCAUCGGUUGCAUUUACUCCUCCAACUGCACAACAAUGCCACGGUGUCGCUUAAAGAGCUGUACGAGGACAAAGACGGUGUCAGGAAAACCGAAGUUCAAGCCCUUUCCGGACCCAAUGAAUUCUCCGAAUUCUACGCCCGGCUCAAGCAAAUCAAAGAAUUCUACAAGAAGCAUCCCAAUGAGAUUAGUGUCCCAUUGUCUGUAGAAUUUGAAGAACUGACAAAAUCCUAUGGGAAUCAGGAUGAAAUGAGUUCUCUGGUUGAAUUUACGGAUGAAGAGGGAUUCGGGAAAUAUUUGGAUUUGCAUGAAUGCUUUGACAAGUAUAUCAAUAUCCGGGGCAUUGAGAAGAUUGACUAUAUCACCUACUUGAUGACUUUUGAUCAUCUCUUUGACAUCCCGAGAGACAGGAAGAAUACGGAGUACAAGAAAUAUCUGGAAAUGUUGAUUGAAUACCUCAAUGGAUAUGUGCAAAGAGUAAAGCCCCUCCUGGACAUUGAAGCCGAACUGGAAGCCACAGGGAAGGAUUUCUAUCGUGACUGGGACAAUGGACUCUUUCCCGGCUGGCCAAAAGAGACAGAAAGUGCUCUGACAUCCGUUGGUGCUCAUCUGGAUCUUUCAGCCUUUUCCAGCUGGGAAGAGUUGGCUUCAUUGGGCUUAGAUCGUCUCAAAUCUGCUCUCAUGGCCCUCGGGCUGAAAUGCGGUGGCACCCUAGAGGAACGCGCUCAACGACUCUUCUCCACCAAAGGCAAACAAAAUUUCGAACCUACAAUGCUGGCCAAGAAAGGACGAUCCAAACAGACUUCCAACGCUUCAGCUCGUCAACGUGAGAUCGCCUACCUGGAAUCUCAGGUGUAUCGUCUGGCGGACAUUGUGUCUGAGCAGAGGAGCGCCACUAAGGAGAAUGUCCAGCGGAAACAGGCUCGAACAGAGGGAGAACGCGAAGAUAGCGAUGUGGAAGCAAGUGAUUCAGACAAUGAAGAUGACGAUGCUGAUGAUGUCCCAUACAAUCCCAAAAACUUGCCUCUGGGCUGGGACGGGAAGCCCAUUCCGUAUUGGCUGUACAAACUCCAUGGCCUGAACAUCAGCUAUCACUGCGAAAUCUGCGGCAAUUACACCUACAAGGGCCCCAAAGCCUUCCAGAGACACUUUGCCGAAUGGAGACAUGCACACGGAAUGAGAUGUUUGGGCAUUCCCAACACUGCCCACUUUGCCAAUGUCACCCAAAUUGAGGAUGCAAUAACAUUGUGGGAGAAAUUGAAGUCGCAGAAGCAACAAGAACGCUGGAUUCCUGAUCAAGAGGAAGAAUAUGAGGAUUCCCAAGGGAAUGUCGUCAACAAGAAAACCUACGAGGACUUGAAGCGCCAGGGAUUACUCUAAAUAUGGAUUUUUUUUCUGUAGGAAUGGCUUUCAAAUAAAGAUUUCUAACGAAAA